UUGCAAAAUGAAACGGGAACGCAUCGCAUCUCUCGCCCUCAAUUUGGGCCUGAUCAUCUCGAUCUGUGUGGCUGUGAGCGCUGCACCGCGACCUCACAGUACCGCACAGAACGAAGACAUUGUCAUGGUCGAGGACAUUGUGAGUGUGAAUCCGGAAAAGAACGGGGACACCAGUGUUGCACUUGUCACGCUGAGCGAGUCCAAUUCAAGCCAGGAGGAGAGCGACUCGAGCAGCAAAGAGGAUACUGUUUCCGAUGAUUUAAUUUUUCUAACGCACAAAACUCAGACUCAGACACAGAGUCCGACUCACAUCGAUGCCUCGGCAUCUGAGGAGCUGGAGGAGGUGACAGUCCCGAUUCCGGCAAUUUCUGUUGCAACUCCAAUUGAUAUGAGCCCGUUUAUUGCACUGAUACCUACGCGACAGGUUCAGCAGAUUGUCAGCAAUUAUUAUCGCAAUGAUGCAGAGGUCCAGCGGGCCUAUGGAUUCCUCAACAGCGCCUACUUUGCGCAGAAGAAGCAACAACUCAUUCAGCUACCGGAAGUGCUGGCCUUUACUCGAUAUUUGAAUGCCAGUGGGCUGGAUGUGCUGAAGCUGGUGACGAAUGUGAUGCAGACUAUUGGGCCACCCAGCACGGAUCUGCCCCUAACUGAGGAGGACAACAGCAGCUCAGCGUGCAACGAGUUGACGCUGCCCGUGGACAACCUCGAGGCGAAUACCACAACGGAGCAGGUGAAGGGACUGCAGGGAUUGGUGGACAGUGUGCUGGAUGCGUUGCCACAGGAUCAAAUACUGGCAACAUUUUUCGAUAAAAUCGAAGCGGAUCAACAAUUCUCAAAGCUCAUCGACAGCAUUGGCACGCCCAAGUUCUCCAAAAUUCUAAGCAAUCUGCAGAACUCUGCGCCACUUCGUUCUCUACUUGCCGAGCUACAGAAUUGCCGUAUCAACAUUGCCCAAAUUGUCGAAUCUCUGAAAUCGUAUUUCUUUCUUUCGAGCUUCUAAGGAAUCGCGCUAAAAAUUUGUAAACAAGCCACAAUUAAAUGAUAUGUUUCUGUUCUGAUAACAAA